UAUCUAUCUCUUUCUCUCUUUAAUUAUCUUUCUCUUUCUGACCAAUAGUCUAGAAGGAUCGAAACACGUUAUACGCCAUAUUAGAUAUCGACCUUUGUUUGCAGCAACUUCAAGCGUUAGCAUCGUUUCUCUACAUUUGUCGCGUUGUGCUCUGUCUUUCCCUGUCCGCGGUCGGUAUUCCUUUAGUCUCCGGAUCCCCCCAAAAAAAGAAAUCAUUUAUUUUUGUGCAUAAAUUUAUUGUUCUGUGCCAUUGGUCAACGUGAACGUGGAAGGAACCACUUUGCGGUGGUUGCCUAAGCUCUGAUACCUGAGCAGAAAAUUACAUAUUACGAUGGUCGACUACUACAGGAUUCUUGAAGUACAACGAACUGCUACCAGCAAUGACAUCAAAAAAGCAUACAGAAAAUUAGCGUUGAAAUGGCACCCAGACAAAAAUCCCGAAAAUUUAGACGAAGCAAACAAGAAAUUCAAGGAAAUAUCUGAGGCGUAUGAAGUAUUGAUAGACGAUGCGAAGAGACGUACCUACGACCAGCGAUUGUAUCAGAAGGCGUCGUCAAGGCCAGGCCGUGGAUUCACCUUCCGGAGUUUCUUUGAUUCUCCCUUCCAGCGACAUUUUGAAAAGAAAAGGCGCGUUUAUGAUCAAUAUGGCAAAGAGGGUCUACAGAUGAACGGUGGCAAGAGACGUCAUGAAAGUGACUACAGGCCAUUCUUUACCACCUACGUGUUCAGAGAUCCAGAGGAAGUCUUCAGAGAAUUCUUUGCCGGCUCGUCCUUCGAUGAUCCCUUUGAUAGCUUAUUCGUACCUGCUGCAAGACGAGGUCAAGGUAGUAUUGGUACUAACAACAGUUUAAGCGCAUCAUUGUUUGGACGUCUAGGUAUUCAUUCACCGUUCUAUAACCCAUUGGGUGGUAUGGAUUUUUCCGAGUUCACUGCAUUUCCUACUAUCGAUGUAUCCGCCAAUCAUGGGGCAGCAGUUAAAAAGACCAGUACUUCGACACGUUUCAUCAAUGGGAAAAAGAUCACCACCAAAAAGAUAUACGAAGAUGGGAAGGAAACCAUAAUGUCAUUCGAGAACGACGUCCUAAAAUCAAAGACGGUGAACGGAGUACCACAGUCAAUAACGUUCGAGCAAGUAUCGACAAGUCGUCAGGUCGCUGAAGGAGGUGAUGAUGUUACGGUGAUUAGCCAGACUGUAAAACCGCAUCAUCACGGUGAUUAUCCGAAGGGUACCAGAAACAAAACCCAUCAUCACCCACAUGUCAAGAAGGUGGAUAAAAGUAAGAGAAAGUAAAAAAAAAAGAGAGAGACAGAGAGAGACGCGCAACACCAACCAUUUUUCUCGGCGCUUCUUCUUCUUCUUCUUCUUCACACGUUCCUUUCUUAAAUAAUUAAUAAAAAAAAAAAAA